AUCUGACACCGUUGCUCAGCGAAGAAAAAACACAGAAGAAAACAUCGGCCGUUCUCAGCUCCAUCCUUCGAUUUGCCUUCGAAUUUACGCAAGAACUACGGAAACACAACGAUUCGCCUCCAAAUUCCAUCAUUUGCUCGUUUCGAUUUGGCUAAUUUGCAUGUGAAUUGGAUUGUUUGAACUGUUUACUGCAAUAAUCGCCGUUUGUCUGCAUUUCUCGUGUGUGUUUUCUCUCCCUCUGCACGUGUGUGUCUGUGUGUUGGUGCAUCGUGGCAUGUGUGUUGCGUGUGUGUGCAUCCGUCAAGUUGACAUCCAAUUGGUGCUCCCAGCAGCAGCAGGAGGUGGAGAGUCCGCACCCGCCCGCACAAACCCCGCACCUUCCCCAAACCGUCGUACCACUUUGCAGCGAGGCGGAGAGUGUGUGUUUUAACCUUUCUGACAUUGAAAACUGUAUCACUGCAAAAGCGGUUCCGCUCGGAGUCGGAUGCUAAAACGGUGCGCGGAUCGGGAGAUACCGGUGCGCACAUACACACAAACGCCCCGCUGUGUUUGGCCCCACGGUACGGUGUUUACUAAACGCGUGGAACGAGGCCAAGCAUUUGCUGGAGUUCGGUAGAGCAUUCCGCCGCGAGGUGAAGCAAGUAAAGAGUGCAGUUUUGGAAGAGGCAGACGGUGCAGAGGCUGAGUGGUGAAGCUGAUUCCGCGUCGGUGCGAGCAUUUGGUCUAAUCAUCUACUUCACUUAAUCGUUCCGGGCGUGUUUCGGUGACACAAGUGCCAGUGGUGACUCCAGCUCAACCUCGCCAGCAGCAUCAGCGUCAUCGUCGUUAUCGUCGUCGUCGCCGUGCAACGAUCCGGUCCAUGCCGACAACAGCACCAGUGAGCCGGACCGAAUCCACGACUAUCUGAAUCGAUAUCGCUUAUCGUACGGUGUACCGGCGCGAAAAAUAAGCCUCAAAAAAAGAAUGGCCAAGGACGAGGAGGACGAUCUGCUGCCCGACAAGGAUGCGGCGAAGGGAUUCUACGCCAAGUACGAGCCCAAGGAAAUUCUCGGCAGAGGCAUCAGCUCGACGGUACGGCGAUGCAUCGAGAAGGAAACGGGCAAGGAGUUUGCGGCAAAGAUCAUCGAUCUCGGCGCGGCAGAGACGGGCGAUUCCAACCACAUGCUGGAAGCAACCCGGCAGGAAAUUCAAAUCCUGCGCCAAGUGAUGGGACACAAGUUUAUCAUCGAGCUGCAGGAUGUGUUCGAAUCGGAUGCCUUCAUUUUCCUCGUGUUCGAACUGUGCCGGCAGGGCGAGCUGUUCGAUUAUCUCACCUCGGUGGUGACACUGUCCGAGAAAAAGUCCCGCUACAUCAUGCGCCAGAUAUUCGAGGGCGUCGACUACAUCCAUUCGAAGAACAUUGUGCAUCGUGAUCUGAAACCGGAGAACAUCCUGCUCGACGAUAAUCUCAACGUGAAGAUCACCGAUUUCGGGUUCGCCCGGGUGCUGAAAGAGGGCGAAAAACUGUAUGAUCUCUGUGGAACUCCUGGAUAUUUGGCACCGGAAACAUUAAAGUGCAACAUGUUCGAGGAUGCGCCAGGAUACUCGAAGGAGGUGGACAUAUGGGCCUGCGGCGUCAUCAUGUUCACGCUACUGGUCGGCUGUCCACCGUUCUGGCAUCGGAAGCAGAUGGUAAUGCUGCGUAACAUCAUGGAAGGCAAAUACAGCUUCACCUCCCCGGAGUGGGCUGACAUUUCAGAGGAUCCCAAGGACCUGAUACGCAAAUGCCUGGUGGUUGACCCAUCGAAGCGAAUCACAGUCACGGAAGCGUUGAAGCAUCCCUUCUUCAACACAGUUCUUUUCGAGCAAGACAUUGGACCUCUGAAACGGAGCCUUUCGGUUAAAUCGAGACGCUUCAGUCGCAUUGCUGACCUCGCACUGAACCCCACGGAAAAUGCUACAGUUUACCAAACCAAACAAUCAGAAUCCUUUAACUCAAACGAUACUCAUCAUUUGUGCUCUUGUUUCACGAAUAUCCUCUCUUGUUAUAUCCAUUUGCGUAAGCAAAGUCAGUUCAACGCUAGGAAGAAGUUUCAGUUUGCUAUACUGUGUGUACGCGCUAUGAUCCGGAUCAAGAGGCUACGGUACACGCCGGAACCGCUGCGCGUCGAGGAUGCGCUCAGAGACCCGUACCGCGUCAAGGUGCUGCGCAAGGUCAUCGAUGGAUGUGCAUUUCGAGUGUACGGCCACUGGGUCAAGAAGGGCGAGGGUCAAAACCGGGCCGCCCUGUUCGAGAAUACGCCUCGAUGCGAGGUUUAUAAUCUUUAUAUCAACAGCCUUAAUCGAUAGGCUGUAGAGGUGCACAAGCUCGCUACUGCUGUUGCUGCUGCCGCCCGUUACGAUGCGCGGGACCAUCAAUUCGCGGCUGGAAUCAAUCGGAGAGGAAGGCGCUAGAUCAAGGUGGCGCACGGUGGUGUGCAACGCUCGGUGAAAAAAUGAACGCUUGCACGCAGCAAUAACCAUGGCAGCAUUAGGAGAAUGUCGUCCGUUGCAUUCGCGAUUUGGUCGCGAUCGUCUCCACACGUUAAACGCUGCUCGCAAUAAGUUCGAUAAGCAAUCCUAGAGUGUAGCGCGCAUGAUCACAGCGAUCAGCGUUUGCGUUGGCAGGAUCAGUUUCAUCAACCUUAGCUACCCUACUUAAACAUUCAUCCAUCCGACACUGCAUCCACGUACUAUGAUUCCUGUUUCAUCUCACAUGGCCCCAUCCCCCCCCCCUCCCCUUCUCCUUCCCUGUCUAGUGUGCACUACAAAUAGUUAAAGAGGAGAAACGACUGUUUCUCGUUAGCAUAGUAAAUUUAACAGCUAGAAUUUACCCUGCAACCUCCUACUACCUAGGUGGCUAUGGCUGCAGAACAAAACAAUGCAGCAGGACUGGACUAAUGCAGGCAGCACAAGCGAUCAUUCGUCGGACAGACAUAGAAAGCAAAGCAAUGAGAACAGAAGAGUGAGGGAGGUUCACGUGAUUAUGCUGUGUAAAGGAGGUGCAGGCAACGGGAAAAGGAAGGAUCUGCUUCUGAGAAGAUGAUAUUAAGUUUUUCGCCUUUUUUGUUUUUUUUUAUACAACCAUAGCUAUGUACACUACUGUUAAUAAUAAGUAAGAAGAGGUAAUAUACGUAUGAACCAAAUGACAAAAAUGAGACACUCUUGUUUGUUACACAUUGUGGGCGUAUUGAGCAUUGCAAUGUACGUUACAAGGACGGUAAACGACGAACCCUAAUGAAGGGUACAGUGAAACAGAGAAGCGUUUUUCAUUUCCUAUGUUUUGUUUUAAGGUUAUAAACAUAAAUAGUAACUAAAUAAAUCGUGCUACUUACUGUAGUAAAUUAGUUACAUUAGUUGAAAAAAUAUAUCUACUAAAAAGCAAUACAAUAUUUAUAUGCAUGUUGA